UUCUGAUCAUAAAUAAUGCGACUCGGCCAUCAACUUUGAUGUGCAGUAAUAUUAUAUUUGUUCUUUUCUUCUGCUGUUUGAUGGUAUAAGCGAAUUUGAUAAAUGCGUGGUCCUUUGUUUUUAUUGGGAAUAUUACAACGGUGUCCGUGACACGGACUGACCAAGACCACCACUGUUUUAUAUUGACGACCGAAACGAUUUACUUUGACUAAUACCGCCUCAAGGCGGAUAUACCGGAUUCUAUAAGACAUAGAUUGACCAUCCCAUUAAUGCUAGCCGUCGUAUUCAGCCGUGAUGGAUGUCGACAGUAUGGGCAGUUCAUCGGGUGGAGUCGCUGACCCACACGAAUCAAGCGCCCAGAUCCAUUUCGACCAGAUGUCGUAUAUAUCGCAAGAACAUGACGACGAUGAACGCAGCAUUCUGUCUCAAAGUGGAUCGCCGUUAUUAAAUCUUCCAGCUGAGCUUCUCGAUUUCGUUCUAUCGUGCCUCUCUCCGAGGGACCUGGAUGCAGUUGUUUAUUCGUGCCGUCACCUCUAUAUACGGGGAACCAAUGAUCGCCUCUGGCAACCACUUGUUCAAGAAAACAUCCCAGGCUGUAUCUUGGAAUCAUCUUCGCCAUGUUCGAGCUACCGCGGUUUGUAUCGGGCCCACGAUCCGCACUGGUUUGUCCCCAAAAUGAAAAUAUGGUUCGGAGAUCAGCAUCUCUUUGGCCGGAUGAUGAUCACUUAUUAUAACCCGUAUCUGGGAACCAUCGAUGGGUACCGGUUAGUUGCAGAGCGGGCUCCGACAAUCGAAUACACUUGGGAGCACGACCCAAACGUUGUUAUUAUUUCGUUUAAACCCAACGUCAGGCUCCAUACGGACAUACCACUACUGAGACUGGAGGCACUGAGCCAGAAUGGCAAUUCGAGCCCAAUAUAUAGCAGCACUUCUCACCGCUACGACUUUGAAAUCCCCAUGUCUCUCAGCAACCUGACAGACACCAUAGCUCAGUCGACAUUCAUGCUGGCCCGGCCAGCUGAACCUCAUCCAAAUUCAUCUAUGUGGCCACCAGCUACAAUCCCAGCCAGCCAGCGAGUGGUAAGCCUCGGCGACGACAUUUUGGCAGGUCAUCGCCAUGUCAGUGCCCUGGUGCAAAUGAUGACGUUCAACCAAACUUUCACAGGCGCGCAGAAGCCACGAAAUCGCGAUGAGAUAAAUGAACAAGCUUUUAGAAUACGCCACUGGAUGCACACGGUUGCUGGACACCGAGGAGAGCCUCUACAAAUAAGUACAUAUGCCACUCUUGAUCCGGCACUCUAUACUCCCACGGACACUCGACCGUUCCGAGGGAUCUGGGUCGGCGAUUAUUCUGCUCAUGGCUGCGAAUUUAUUCUUCUGCAUCAGCCGGAUGACGACGAGCCGUUUGAUGAGUCCACCGUUGUUAAACGGUCUGAUGAAAGCGACGAGCAGUAUCUGACCCGGAAAAAAGAUGCACAGAUUUAUCGAGGUCGUUUGGAAGCAAUAAAACUAACUGGAGAUCCAAAUAUCCCACGUGGAGAGUAUACCUUCAUGGCCGAGGACAUUGGAGACGAGGGUCUGGUUCGUAUUGCCAAGGAAGAUCAAUUCAAAGGCGCAAGAAUCGUCAAGAGCAAGGGACAACUUGCGAAUAGAAAUUUCAUGAACCCCGAGUAUUUCGAGAGCCAGCUCAUCCUUAUAUCUCCCGAUAAAAUCGCUCAUUACUGGAAAUCACUGGGCAUUAUCUGUUUCCAUGAAAGAGUCAAACUCGAUGAUUUCAUUGUCCCAAAUCCCAAACUAUAUAUGGCGGAUUGACAGGAAGUAAUUUCUAGCGGUAAAGACUAAAUAUAUUCAGUCUAUGCGGCAUGCUUCAAGGUCUCGUUUCAUUUGGGACCAACAAACAGGCUUUAGCUGUUCAGUUACCUGAGGCACGGCAUCAGGAAUAAAUAUAAAUCGGGAUUUCACUUAUAAAAUCCCCCACAUAUAGCAUAAUUUUAUAGAUUAUUCAGGAGA